AAAACAAUGAACAACAGAAAUGAGAAGUGUUCCUGUAGGAGGUUUAUGAUGCUAUAGUACUCUUUUGGAUUGCGUAAUCACUAAAAGGAAGAGGAAUUGUGUUGUUUUCGUUCUUGUUCUUUCGGUAGCGGUUCCGUCAUGGCGGGGCCGUUGUUAGAGUUCGAGACGGAAAUGUUUCUGGGUCUGUUCGGCUCUGACGGGCUGCUGGUGGUGGCGGAGGGCAUGGGGGUAGACCGCAUCCUGCUGCAGUUCAUGAGGGUUUACUCAGAACAGGGAAGCCUGGUCCUUCUGCUGAACACAACCACAGCUGAACAGGAAUAUUUUACUGAGCAGUUGCGAGUGGAGGGUGUGACCCACCUGCCAAGGACAGUGACCAGUGACAUCCAGAGCACCGAGCGUUUUAAUGUGUACACUGAAGGAGGGGUAUUGUUCGUAACCAGCAGAAUCCUAGUGGUUGACUUUCUCACUGAUCGCAUCCCUGCUCAUCUCAUAUCAGGAAUCCUGGUGUACCGUGCUCAUAAAAUUAUUGAGUCCUGUCAGGAGGCAUUCAUUCUCCGCUUAUUUAGGCAGAAGAACAAGACGGGCUUCAUUAAAGCCUUCACUGACAAGGCCACAGCCUUCUCCUCAGGCUUCUGCCAAGUGGAGCGUGUGAUGAGGAACCUCUUUGUCAAGAAACUCUACCUUUGGCCAAGGUUCCAAGCAUCAGUGAAUACAGUGUUGGAGAAGCACAAGCCGGAAGUGGUAGAGCUUCAUGUGUCAUUGACACCAGCUAUGAGGGCCAUCCAGAGCUCCAUCCUGGACAUUAUGGGUGCCUGUCUGAAGGAGCUGAAACGCUACAACCCAACUCUGGAGGCUGAGGACCUGUCACUGGAGAACACACUAGGCACUGCCUUUGAAAAGACCAUUCGUCACUAUCUGGACCCCCUGUGGCACCAGCUUGGAGCAAAGACCAAAGGCCUGGUCCAGGACCUCAAGGUGCUGAGGGUUCUCUUGCUCUACCUCACCCAGUACGACUGCGUCACUUUCCUCAAUCUGCUCGAGUCAUUGCGCUCCAGCCAGAAGAUCUUUGGGUCCAAUUCAGGGUGGCUGUUUCUGGACUCUAGUACCUCAAUGUUUUUGAAUGCGAGGAGUCGAGUGUAUCGAAUACCAGAGAGCAAGAAGAAACUCAAAGUUGGAGCUGAUGCAGAAAAACAGAAGCCAGCCUCAGAGUUGAAGCGGGAACUGGUGCUGGAAAAGAGCCCCAAGUGGGAGGCUCUGACAGAGGUACUGCAGGAGAUUGAGAGAGAGAACAAGAGCUCUCAUGAGCCAGGUCGUGUGUUGAUCUGUGCCAGUGAUGACAGGACUUGUGCCCAGUUGCAGCAGUACAUCAGGCACGGCUCUGACUGGCUGCUCAACAGAUUAUACACCCGCACAAUCGGUAAACGGGACACCGCUUCAGCUGCCGCCUUUGAACUCGGCUCGCACAAAAAGGGGAAAGGCUGGACCAAAAAAGGAAUGAAGGGAAAGGAACCUGCAAAGAAGACGACUGCAAAGGCAACAAAAAGGCCGUCGCUGACCCUGACUCAGAUGGUGGGAAAGGAGGAGACCAAAGAAGUAGCAGUGAUGGGCAGCAGUGGUGAUGAGAAUGAACUGAUGGAAGAAGAUGGAAGUGAAGAAGAAGAGAUCAAGUUAGAUUUGUCAUCCGAUGCUUACUACGGAGUCUUGAAGGAGCCGCUCACCGUGAUUCACCCGCUAAAGGGCUGUGUUGACCCUCACAGCCUGACACGGGUGCUGCAUGAGGUGGAGCCUGAUUUUGUGGUGCUUUACGACGCCGAGCUGAGUUUCGUCCGCCAGCUGGAGAUCUACAAAGCAAGUCGGCCUGGAAAGCCUCUUAGGGUGUAUUUCCUUAUAUAUGGAGGCUCAACAGAGGAGCAGAAGUAUCUGACAGCGCUCUCUAAAGAGAAGAAAGCUUUUGAGCAUCUGAUCAGGGAGAAAGCUACCAUGGUCAUCCCAGAAGAAAGGGAAGGGCGAGAAGACACCAACCUGGACUUGGCAAGAAAUUUAGAGCCUGCCAAUGCCACCACCAACACCCUCAAAGCAGGAGGCCAGGAGCAGCCCAAAGAGCCUUCGCGAGUCAUUGUGGACAUGCGUGAGUUCCGUAGUGAACUGCCAUCCCUUCUCCACCGCCGUGGACUGGACAUCGAGCCCGUUACACUGGAAGUCGGAGACUACAUCCUGACUCCAGACACAUGUGUAGAGAGGAAGAGUGUCAGUGAUCUUAUUGGCUCACUGCAGAGUGGCCGUCUGUACACCCAGUGCCUCUCUAUGACUCGGUACUACAGGAAACCAGUGUUGCUCAUUGAGUUUGAUCCAAGUAAACCGUUCUCUUUGAUGGCCCGCACAGAUUUCCGACAGGAGAUAUCAUCGAAUGACAUUUCUUCGAAACUCACUUUACUCACGUUGCAUUUCCCACGCCUUCGUAUACUAUGGUGCCCUUCCCCUCACGCUACGCCUGAGCUCUUCUUAGAACUGAAGCAGGGCCGUCUUGAACCAGACGCCGCGGCAGCUCAGGCAGUUACAGCUGAGUCGGACACGGUGGCUGAAUCCGCAGAUAUCUACAAUCCGGGACCUUAUGACUUCCUGUUAAAGAUGCCUGGGGUCAAUACAAAAAAUUGUAGGGCUCUUAUUAAAAAUGCCGACAGCCUGGCAGAUCUAGUCAAACUCAGCCAGCACAAGCUAGCAGAAAUACUCGGGAACACAAACAAUGCUAAGUUACUGUAUGAAUUUUUGCAUAAUGUUGCAGAUGUCCCUGCUCCUGUGCAAAAGAGCAAACAGACGUAACAGUGACUCAUGUCUCUGUUCAGACUCGGUUCAUGUUGGAUUUGUACAAUACUGUGGAUGACUCAUUUACCAGCAAAUGUGAAGAUGAUAUCAUAUUAAUGUGUAGAAUUAAUGAAAAUAAGUCAGGUUUUGGUAUUGUGUCAUAGGUUAUUGGUUGCUACUUUUAAAGAUAAAGAUAAAAAAAAAAAAAAAAAAAACAUUUUUAAUGAAUUUAUAAUGGAAAUAAAAAUUUAUUUUCAUAAUUUCCUUGUUUAACCUGUCAUUUUAUAAACAAAAGCUUGCUACACCAUAUAGAUAUUAUCCCAUCCAUCAAAUGAAUUUGAACAACAG